ACAAAUUAAGCUUCCAUGAAACCUUAUCGUUAUUGUUAUCGCGUUACAAGGCCCAGGACGCUAAGCUAUAAGGGCCUGUCGGCCGCCUCCCCAUCUCUCUCAGAUCCUUCCGAGGCCCGAGCUCCCGCUUCCGGUCAAAGACCAGCGGGAUCCGGUGGCCCCGCCUCGGUCCCCUCUGUUCCCAGUCCGGGUCCGGAGGCCCGCGCUGCCCGGGUUCCGUCCUCCAGUCAGCUCGGGUCCGGCCCCGCCCCGGCCCGCGGAUUCCCAGCCCAGCACUCAGAGACGUCCCCGGUGGAUGAAAGGCUAGGCGCAGGGUGGGGGGGCGGUCGUACUCGACCACCUUGAGGCCACCAACCACAAGCUCCAGACGGACACUCACCAUCUUCGACCGAUCUCGGUAGCUCCGCGACCCCAGCACUCAGCUCGGUCCCGGGAUGCUUCAGAAUAUCCUGCCAGCAUAAAAAAUACUACUUCUACCUGAAAGAUGAGAAAGUGAGCUGAAAGCAGACACCUGAAGGCAUUAUUUGCCAGCAUGCUGCAGAGGAUAUAAGAAAAACGCAUUACCUCUAAUUCCUUUGCAUCAAAGUAUUGCAAAUACUGCUGGGGAAGAAUUUCAUUAAAGCCCUCAAAGAAA